AUGAACUACAACAGGGAUAGAACGACAACCACCCCACUCACCAAAGAAAAUCUCAACGGUGUUUCGGCAACAUCCAAUCUAGGGCACUAUCUCACAAAGGAUCAAAACUUUGAAAAGGUGUCACAAGGCCUGGCGACCAAGGAGAGAGAUUCUGCAAAGUAUCUCUCCCAGUGGCAGAAGAAUUUUGAUGGUGCCAAAUAG